AUGCAAUCAUUCCUGGAGUCCUUGAAACUCAAGAAUCCUUCAACUCCACAAGGCUGGGAGAAGCUGCGAAGCUUCCUCCAAAAUGCCGUCACCGAAAAGGAAGGGAAACCGCUCCUCCACCCGGCAAAACAAUUCUUAAAGACAUGGACUACCAGAAGAAUGAGAGCUCAGUCAGAGGAGUCGCUAUAUGAACCACAUCAGGCUAAUGUAUUCAAGCUCAAGAAACUCCUCCCGUUUUGGAGAAGACUCUACAUGGGUUCAGAGAUUGAAAAAAUGGUCGCGAUAGUGAGCAUCCUGGCUUUUCACACAGCGGGUCGAACGGCCGAAAUCUUGUCGUUGAGAAUCGAAGAUAUGACCUUUACCCAAAAAGAGGAGGCCCUCUACAUCAUAAUGCCCCUCCGAACGUCGAAGAGCAACGCUAGCAAGAGGCGUCGCGAGAGCCUCUCGCUGCCAGUUCUUCCGACUUUUCCCGUUAACAUCAAACUCUGGCUGGCCAAGUUAAUCGACGGCAGAAAGCAAGGGAAGCUGUUCGCGGCCCCCAGCCUCAAAAGAGGCCUGACAACAUCAACUGUAAAUUAUUAUUACAGGAAAGCAGCGGCUCAGUUAGAUUGGGAAGAGUGCCCUAGCGGGCACUCAAUGCGUGUCAGCUACGUCAUCGCUGCUUGCGAGGCGGGGGUCGAGGACAGUCUUAUCAUCUCCGUGUGUAGAUGGAAAUCACCGGAAAUGCUCGAGAUCUAUAGAAGCUAUCAUCUGCUUGAGAGCGAAUACGGAGCACACUACUUAAUUGCGGCGAGAGUCCAACAAAAAAGGGAAGAAGACGAGGGAGCGAUCCCAAGUCUUCCUAACUUAGCAAACGCCAAAAUUAAACGACCGGAAAAGAGGAAAUUCGAUGCGGACGUAGUUAUUAUCGAACCUGAGAAUCAAGAUACCUCGCAAAAACUUGUCCAAACAACACUGAAGAUGCAGCCAAGGCUUGUUACGACAGCCGUACAGACCGAGGAGUUUUCUUGUGAAAAGUGUCGAGAGAGGAGCCCUCGCGAGCUCGUCUCUCGUAUUGACAACGAGGCCAACAAAGUCGCCAGAAGCUGUAAGGACUUCAAAGAGGCAAAGAAAAAGAAAGAAGAAAGACACUCGGAAUGGGCCAUAUAA